CAGAAGCUGUGGGCUGGGCAUGCAGCAGGCAGCUGUCGUGAGUCAUUGGGGCUGGGGGGGUUGCACAUGAUGCUUGCUUGACCCCUCAGCCUCUCACACACACACACACACACACACACACACACACACACACACUCUCUCUCUCUCUCUCUCUCUCUCUCUCUCUCUCCCCCCCUCUCUGCUGGCUGCUUGGGCCUCAGGGAAAUGUGUGUUGUUUCCUGCUGUCUAGGUGUGGGAGAGGCACACUGAUGCAGGCUAGAGGCUGCAGAUGGCAGAGGACAUGUGCAGGAACCCAGCUUCAAUCUGAGCUCUCAGGUUGAUGCCCAACUCCACACCAACGCUCCAUAAUCCCAGAAGCUGCCUCAUCUGCCAGGGAGAGUUGAGCAGAGCCAGGUGUUACCAUGAGCUCCUCCCCCGCCCCAGAACAGGCCCCCAGGGGGGCACAAGGGGUAGCAGGGAAGAGGGUUAGUGCCACAGCUGCCCAUGUGGGGAGCUGUAAUUGCCCAUCUCCCCACAAGGGGGAGGCAAGAGACCAUGGCACCGGCACAGCCGCACUCUCCUUACUCUGGGAGCCCCCCUGCAGGGUCCCAGCCUAGGCUGAACCCCUGCCAGGGGGUGUACAUGUGUGAAGGGGGGAUGUUCUUAACACUGGGUGGAGUCAGAGGGUGAAGAAAAAAGAGGCCAGCUCUUCAGAUCCUUCUCUCUAAACUAGAGCAUCCUUCCGGUGCACAUAGCCCCCUGGCACCCACCCAGAAGACAGCUGCUUUGGAGCGUUGGGCAAGGCAGGGGCCCUGGCACCAUUUGAGCUCAUUUCAUUUGGGCUUUUGGCCCCUUCUCAUCUAUGGGGGGCACAGUUCUCUGAGGCCAUUAACAGCGGCAGGAAGCAGCCCGUCCCCUGGGAACUUUUUCCAUGUAUUGAUCCCCUUUUUGCUACGGCCUGGCAUCUCCAGUGAGGGCCAAGAGAGAGAACAUGGAAAUGGGGGAGGAGAGAGAGAGAGAGAGAGAGAAAGAAAGAACCUAUACCUCCUUUUCCAUCCUAUUUCUAUCACUUGUUUCUAUUCAUGCCCAAUUCUGCUCUCUCACUCUCCACCCGUCCUCUACUUCCCUUCUGUCCAUCUGUCCCUCUCUCACUCCCUCUCUCUGUACGUCUCUUACUUCAUCUCCCUUUGAUACAUUCCCUCGCUCCGGUGACCCAGCUAUCAAUUCACCAGGCUCCGUCCCAGCCAAAGCCUGACAUACAGGCCAGGGGCGGGACCUGGUUCCCUCCCCCAGACACACUCCCUUCACCAGCACGUCGUCCCCCCCCCCUCCCCCCCCCCCAUCUGGCAGCUUAGAGAGAGCUCAUCCCAGUGCUUGGGACUGGCAGGGACUGGAGGUGAGGGCAUGUCUGCAAUUCCCACACCUUGAGCAAGGAGUGGGGGAAGUGGGGGUGGAACAACUAAGUGUAAAAGACAGAGAAGGGAAGACAAGAGGUGCCCAUCCCUGGCUGGACCAUCCUAGUCCCACAUAAAGAAUAGAGUGAAGACAACCUUCAGAAAGAGAGAUACGCCAGGGAGGAGGAGAGAAAGAGAUACACACAGGAGAAGAAGAGGAAAAAGAAGGAAAGAAUUCAGCCUGAGCAGAGAGAUGAAGGCAAGUCGCAGCACAGUCAGGAUGUGCUGGGACCUGUGGCCCCCCUGUGACGCGCCAGGCCACUAAACCCCAUCUCCUCCCACCUGCUACCACUCAGCUCCCCUCAGGCUGGGCCACAAGAACUGGCCUUGCGGCUCCUCCCUUGCAAGGCCACUGAGGCCUGGGAGAUGGGUGUGGUUCGGGCCAUCCGCCGUCUGAGCACCGACAGGCCGGAGCAGCUGUGCGAGGAGGAGACAGCAGCGGUACCAUCAUCCUCAGUCGUGUGCCAUAACGGCAAGGUGCCGGAGCAGGGCCGCAGCCGCUUCGUCAAGAAGGACGGGCACUGCAACGUGGAAUUUGUCAACCUGAGCGAGAAGAGCCAGCGCUACCUCACUGACCUGUUCACCACCUGCGUGGACAUCCGUUGGCGCUGGAUGUUCGUCAUCUUCUCGCUGUCCUUCAUCCUCUCAUGGUUGAUCUUUGGCUUCACCUUCUGGCUUAUUGCCUCUUUCCAUGGGGACCUGGCACCCCCGACCACUACCGACAGCCCCUCACCCAUCACCUCAGUCACACCCUGCUUCCAUCAGGUCACCAGCUUCAUGGGGGCUUUCCUCUUCUCCCUGGAGACCCAGACGUCCAUCGGCUAUGGCUUCCGCAGUGUGACAGAGGAGUGCCCAGCGGCAGUGCUGGCUGUGGUGCUGCAGUGCAUCGCAGGCUGCAUCAUUGAUGCCUUCAUCAUCGGCGCCAUCAUGGCCAAGAUUGCCAAGCCCAAGAAGCGCAACGAGACCCUGGUCUUCAGCAACAGCGCUGUGGUGGCCAUGCGGGAUGGCCAGCUCUGCCUCAUGUGGCGUGUAGCUAAUCUGCGCAAGAGCCACCUGGUGGAAGCCCACGUCCGCGCUCAGCUGCUGCAGCCCCGCGUGACCCCGGAGGGUGAAUACAUUCCCCUGGACCACCAGGAUGUGGACGUGGGUUUCGACAAUGGCACCGACCGCAUCUUCCUGGUGUCACCAGUCACCAUCGUCCAUGAGAUUGACAGCGACAGCCCCUUCUAUGAGUACGGCCCAUCCGAGCUGGCAGCCGCCAACUUCGAGCUAGUGGUCAUCUUGGAGGGCAUGGUAGAAGCCACAGCCAUGACCACGCAGUGCCGCAGCUCCUACUUGCCAGGGGAGCUGCGCUGGGGCCACCGUUUCGAGCCCGUCCUCUUCGAACGUCGUGGCCGCUACGAGGUGGACUACCGGCACUUUCACCGCACCUACGAGGUGCCUGGCACACCCCAGUGCAGUGCCAAGGAGCUGGGGCAGCGCAAGUUCCAUGUGCCACCCACGGCCACCCGCGCCUCCUUCUGCUACGAGAACGAAGUGGCACUGAGUGCCUGCCGUGAGGAGGAGGGGGAGGAGGAGGAGGAGCAGCAGCCAGGGGGUGGUGGCAGUGGAAGGGGCCUGGCUAGUGACAAGGGCAAGGAGGGGAGAGCAAGCAAUGGCCUGGAGGCCACGGAGAUGCCCGGUGGGACAUGAUGGGUCAGUGGCAUCAGACUGUGGGGCUGUGGAGGAGGAGGAGGAGGAGAAGGGGGAGGAGGAACGCAGCAGUGGCUGAGGAGAGCAGGGCAAAGGGGUCCCUAGGGUUCCCACACCUGAACUCUGGGCAAGGGGAACCCCCCAGCCUGUCUCCCCUGGGAAGUCAAGAGGGGAGCACCAGGGGGAGCCCAAGCCUGUCUCUCCUCUCCUUCACCCCCGAAGAAGACGGGGGGAACCUAAUGCUAAUGGGACAGCCCCGCCCCGCCCCAUCUCUCACCUGCCCAUGGGCAAUAUCCAGCCCCUGCCCCAGAGCCCAGCCUGUACAGACCCAGUCCCCUCUACACCCACUCCUGGGAUUGUCAGGGGUUGGGGCCCCCUGUAUGUAACUGGGGCUCAUUGCUGCUACCUCCUUUGAGGACACUGCUGAGCUGUCCCGCUCCCCCAGCAGCCCCAUCCCCGUCUUGCUCUGGCUUUUAAUGGGGGAAAAGAUGCUGUUAACUGGGGGUGGCACCCCCUGAAAGCUCCCCCCCUUCCCUCCCCCCCCUCCCAUUCUGCUAGCCACAAUGCCACUUUAGUAGCCAUGUUGGAUCCAGCUGCUCCCCUGCCACUUAGGAUGACUGAGGAUCCCCAGGGAACUGGCAAGGCUUAGGGGUCUGUUCCUGGGGGAUGUGGUUGUUGGGGGCCUUGGGGUCCAGAGAGGGCCCAAGCCAUUAAAGAAAAGCCACAUAGCACCACUGCCCCCUGCUGGCUGGGCCUGCAGCCACCCAGCUGUGUGUCAAUAGCCCCAUAGUGCAGUAGCACAGAGAGGCAGGGGCCUGGGGGAGUCAGGGCAGAUCUCCCCCUCCGCCCCCCACAUCCCCAGAUCACCCAAGUGAUGCAGAUAAAUACAGAAAUAAAGAGAGAAU